CGCGCUGCCUGUCCAUCAGAGCAAUAAACAACGCCGAACCACACACGGACACAGAGCUAUCCCUUCCCCUAAAAUUAUCAUAAUCAAACAAAAAUAUCCCUGUUACCUCUCUACCCAAUCCUAAUGAAGGAGCUUCGCCCUGACUGACCAAGGGAGAUGGGAAUACUAAAUAUAACCGACCAGACACCUCUGGUCCAGGCCAUAUUUAGCCGAAAUGUAGAAGACGUGAAGUUUUUGUUGCACAAGAAAGAAGAAGUCAAUGCACUGGACCAAGAGCGCCGCACCCCCUUGCAUGCUGCUGCUUGUAUGGGGGAUGUUCACAUCAUGGAUCUCCUCAUCAAGUCAGGUGCUAGUGUCAACGCUAAGGACCAAGGCUGGUUAACCCCUCUCCACCGGGCGUCUGCCUCCAGGAAUGAGAGGGCCGUGGGGCUGCUGCUACGGCAGGGGGCGGAGGUGAACGCGCGGGACAAGCUGUGGCAGACCCCGCUGCAUGUGGCGGCUGCCAACAAGGCCACACGCUGUGCCGAGAUGCUGCUGCCCCACCUCAGCAGCCUGAACGUGGCCGACCGCUCCGGACGCACCGCCUUGCACCACGCCGUGCACAGCGGACACUCAGAGAUGGUGAACCUGCUCCUGAACCACGGGGCCAACCUGAGUGCCAGCGACAAGAAGGACCGGCAGGCCAUCCACUGGGCAGCCUACCUGGGCCACCUGGAGAUUGUGAAGCUGCUGGUGUCGCGCAGUGCCGACGCGGCGUGCCGUGACAAGCGCGGCUACACGGCACUGCACGCGGCGGCGGCCAGCGGCCACAUAGACGUGGUCAAGUACCUGCUGCGUCUGGGCGCAGAGGUGAGGCGCUCCCCUUCCUCAUCACCUUCAUCAUCAUUCCCCUUCUCCUCCUCCUCCUCCUCUUCCUCAAGCUGGAGAAGAUCAGAUAAGCUCUUAAUACAGAUCGAUGAGCCAAAUGCAUAUGGCAACACAGCGCUGCACAUGGCGUGCUACACGGGCCAGGAGGCGGUGGCCAACGAGCUGGUGAACCGCGGCGCUAACGUCAACCAGCCUAACCAGCGCGGCUGCACGCCCCUGCACCUGGCCGCCGUCUCCACCAACGGGGCGCUCUGCCUCGAGCUGCUCGUCAACAACGGAGCAGACGUCAACAUGCAGAGCAAAGAAGGGAAGAGCCCCUUACACAUGGCAGCCAUCCAUGGGCGAUUCACACGCUCCCAGAUCCUCAUCCAGAACGGUGGGGAGAUUGACUGUGUGGACAAGUAUGGCAAUACUCCUCUUCAUGUAGCUGCUAAGCACGGUCACGAGCUACUCAUCAGCACUCUCAUGACCAACGGGGCCGACACAGCCAGGCAAGGGAUCCAUGGGAUGUUUCCUCUGCACCUGGCUGUGCUCUACGGGUUCUCAGACUGUUGUCGAAAGUUACUUUCCUCAGGUCAGCUGUACAGCAUUGUGUCGUCGCUUAGCAACGAGCAUGUGCUGUCGGCAGGGUUCGACAUAAACACCCCAGACAGCCUGGGGAGGACCUGCCUACACGCUGCUGCAUCUGGGGGGAAUGUUGAAUGUCUUAAUUUGCUGUUGAGCAGUGGUGCUGACUUGAGUAAAAAGGACAAAUUGGGAAGGGCUCCUUUGCACUAUGCGGCUGCUAAUGGGAACUACCAGUGUGUGGUGGCUCUGGUGAGUGCGGGGGCGGAGGUGAAUGAGCCGGACAUGAAAGGCUGUAGCCCCCUGCACUUUGCUGCUGCCUCACAGACCUUCCGCAGAGUGGACCGACAUUAUUCUGCUGAUGUCCAGAGUGAGGAGAGGGACAAGGAGGGCCUACUGUGUCUGGAGUACCUGCUAGAUAACGGGGCGGACCCGUCUCUGCGCAACACCAGAGCCUACAGCCCCGUCCACUAUGCAGCUGCCUAUGGAAACAAGCAGAACCUGGAGCUGCUGUUAGAGAUGUCUUUCAACUGUCUGGGAGAUGUGGAGAGUAGUGUCCCUGUCAGCCCUUUGCACUUAUCUGCAUACUAUGGUCACUGUGAAGCCCUGUGGGUGCUGGCGGAGACGCUGGUGAGUCUGGACGUGCGGGACUCCCUGGGCCGCUCAGCGCUGUACCUGGCGGCCCUCAGGGGCCACGCACCCUGCCUGGAGGUGCUGCUGGCACACGGGGCCUCCAGCCUGCUCAAGGACCGCGCUCGCAAGUGGACGCCGCUGCACGUCGCAGCGGCCAACGGUCAUGCUGACUGCCUACUGAUGCUGGUCAACCGUUCCAACUCUGCUGACAUCAUUGACGUCCCAGAUUCCAAGGGACAGACACCCCUGAUGUUGGCGGCGCUGGGCUGUCACACAGACUCAGUUCACCUGCUGCUGGAGAGGGGAGCCACUCCUGACAUCGGAGACAAGUGGAGCCGCACAGCACUGCACCGAGCUGCGGCGGUGGGCAGUGAAGAGUGUGUGCUGGCUCUGCUGGAGCACGGGGCGUCGUCGCUGGUCCGUGACGUGCGUGGCCGCACCCCUUUGCACCUGGCGGCCGCCAGAGGCCACCGCGAGCUCCUGGGCCUCGUCAUUGCCGCCGCCACGCAGGCCGACCCCCUCGACUCGCUGCUGGACUACAGCGGAUACACGCCCUCGCACUGGGCUGCCUACAACGGGCAUGAGGACUGUUUGGAAGUUUUACUUGAACACAAACCGUUUAGUAUCCAGGAGGGCAACCCCUUCAGCCCAUUGCACUGUGCUCUAAUCAAUGGCCAUGAUGGUGCCGCUGAACUGUUGGUGGAGACCGCGGGAACACAGCUGGUCAACAUGAGAGAUGCUAAAGGAAGAACUCCACUGCAUGCGGCAGCACGUGCAGAGAGUGUUGCCGGGCUACAGCUGGUGCUGGUCCAGGGGUCAGAGGUCAACGCGGUGGACCACGCCGGACACUCGCCACUCAUGGUUGCUGCUGACAACGGACACACGUCACACGUUGAGAUCCUGCUCCACCAGGCCAAGGCAGACCUCACGCUGCUGGACAUCAACAACAACACUGCACUUCAUCUGGCCUGCAGCAAGGGCCAUGAGAUGUGUGCCCUCCUGAUCCUGGCUGAAAUCGAUGACCCCUCCCUCAUCAAUGCCACCAACAGCGUACUACAAAUGCCCCUCCACAUCGCUGCUCGUAAUGGCUUGGCCACCGUGGUGGAGGUGCUGCUGAGUCGGGGAGCCACAGUGCUGGCUGUGGACGAAGAGGGUCACACCCCGGCGCUGGCGUGCGCGCCCAACAAGGACGUGGCGGACUGCCUGGCGCUCAUUCUGUCCACCAUGAAGCCUUUCCCCUCCAAGGAGGCGGGCAACGUGGCCCACUUUGGCCUGAACCUGCUGAAGCACUGUGGCAUCGCGGCCGCCGCCCAGCGCCCCCUCGCCAACGGCAGCCUGCGCCACGCCUACGGACACGCCCACGCCAAGGACAGCUGCCUCACCGAGUGAGACCUGACCUGAUCUGACCUGUCCUAACCUACCCUCUUCUGUCCUGCGCGCACUCGCUCUCUCUCACACACACACACACACACACACACACACACUCACCAUAUACAAAUACAAAUACAAAUACACACACACAGAGUGGGACCUGGCUUGAUAUGCCCAGUGCGCUGUCUGACACACACACACGCGACACCUAUAUAUGUACAGCUGAACACACGCACACAAAUUUACAGUCACAGAACACGUAUACAAAUUUACACACAUGCAAGCGCUUUUGCUCUCUGACCAGACCCCACUCUGUCCUUCAACACACUAACUUACACAUGCCAAACACACACACACUCACACACACAAAUAUACAUACAGGGAAAACUGUCUUUCUCCCCAGUCGCCCCCACCCUAGCCCCAAAUUCCAACCCCCCCAAGGCCAGCGGCCUUACCCCAAUGACCCCUUUUUACCCCCACCCCCAUCCCCUUCCAAAACAAAUAAUUCACUCCAAGUCACUGUAGACAUGCAGGAAUAUACUAAUUAGUGUGUGUAGGUGUGUGUGCCUGCAACCGUGUGUGCAAUACUGUGUACGAGUGUGCAGAAUUCUAUCCUGAUGGGUGCAGUCAAACCUAUAUGCAAAUGUCACUCAAAUCCAAUCUAAUAUAUAUUCCUUUCUGCUCCCCUCCCUCCCUCUCUCUCUCCGUCUGUCUGUCUCCACCUCUUCAUUGUUUGCCCCAUGAUGUCCUUAAAAUCAAACUAUAAGCAGGCUGAGUAGAAAACCUAGAAAGUAUUUGAAGCAUUUGAACCAUUUUCACUUAGCCGUUGCUAUUUUGGAAAGACGGUUACGAAAUUGCGUAGGUGGAGAAGGUGGAAAUUGGCCCGGUGGGCUGGCAUGUCUUUUUUUUGCCAGGCCCACAGAAGAGAGAUGCUUGCGGGAAGAGGGGAAAGAAAGACUAGCGGGUCUGACUGCACAGCCAUAGGAGGGCCGGUAUGGGACCAUGGGGCCAGCCUGCCCCAGGUGCUGACAAGCCUGUCAUGCCCAGUUUGGAGUUUGAAGUCUCGGGUGGAGGCUUGUUUGCUAUAGCUGCCUGACACCAAACCAACCCCACCCCCCAAGCCUAAAACCUGUAUCUAGUUUCAUCUACACCCAGUUACUCAUCUGCUUAGCAGGUACUUUAAAUGGCCAUAGCAAUAGCUUUACAGCCUCCCCCCCUUAAGAUUUGCUAUUGAUCAUGCAUUGACCCUCACAAGAUCAUCUUCUUUAAAGAGAAAUCAGAGCAAUCCAUUACCCGCAUAAUUGAAAGUGGGGUGGGUUUACUGUCUUAACCAAGACGCCCAUGUGAAGCAUAGAGGCUUGUCUCCACCGGUCCCUACCCCCCAGUUGAAGGUCGUGAAGGAAUAGGUCAGACUGCCUACUCCCAGAAGUAGAACAUGAAGGAAAACAAAAAGCAAGCAAGCAAACCAAGCAAAUAAUGCGUAUUUGAGUGAAAGAAAAACAAGAUGGCCAUGUAAUGGGCUUCUUUGGCCUGGAGGUCCUGAUGUCUUAUAGUGCUGUGCCUAAAAAAAAAAUCAGCUAAAAAACGGGCUAAUUAUGCUGACCACGCUAAUGAUUACUAUGGGAGGGACUCUCCCCUUGCCCCUAUCCCCCUCCCAUUAAUUAAGCCCCUCCCCUCGGUGACGUUGUGUACCCACCUCCCUUCUUCAGACCCCCUCCUGAAACUAUGUGGAAUGAUUUUUAUUUUCUUUUUUUUUGUUUUAUUUGUAGGGGAAAAAAAGAGAACAAUUCUAGGAGUUUCACUUUGGGGAAAGAUAAUGCUAUGAACUAAAUUAAAAAUGCAAUGAAUUCCAUCAAAAUCAACAAAACCGUUAGAAGGCAAGAAAAAACAACAACAAAAAAUAGACAAGCACCCAUACCCAAGCGAGGACAUUGUCAGUUGGUCCUCUUUCCCCUUCCCCUGAUUUCCAGUUCAGUCAAUAGAUAUCUGGAAAGAUUUCAUCGUGAGUAAGUUGAUGUUUGCACAAUAGGGUGUCAAGGACUUAAAAUAAUUAUUUUCAAUAUAGCUGCUAAAAUAUAAUUGCCUUUUUUUUGUUUUGGUAGAUUGUAUUAAUGGUAUUUAAAAGCGGGUCUUGUUUUUGUGUUUCUCUGUUUUUUUUGUUUUUUUUUUCUCCCCUUCAUCCUUAUUUAAGAGCAAUACUCAGAGAGCCUUCAAAAUGUCUUACCUCACAUUUUGUGUGAUCCUUCAAGGGUUUCGGUUUGUGCAGAACUCCUCAGUUUCAUUGUGUUACUUUCAGCAGGAUUCUGCAAAGAAAGCAGUUGUUUUUUUCCCCCCAAAAGGACAAAAACAGCUAUCCAGUCCACAACACUAUAUAAUAUUACAAUAUUUACCCAUUUGUACAUGCAUACAUCUACACUGUAACUGGAAUGUGCACUGUAGGAGGAGGAGGAAAGCUACCAAAGGUGUUAAUUGUUAUCUGGCUAUAAGAACUUGCUCCCACAAAGCCACACAGAUCUGUCUGAGCCCCCUUGGUACCUUGGCCUGGUAUUGUAAUGUUGCCUCACCUGCUCUGAAGACUACAUAUCAUUUCUGCAUGCUAGAUGUACUCACUUGCCAGCCAGCCACCAAAUCAUAGUUCACCAAAAAAAAAAGUAAAGAAGAAAAAAAAACGUUACAGGUCCAAUGCACUUGAAGCUUUAAAAAAAAAAAAAGAAAAAAAGACAUAUAAACUACAACAUAAUGACCUCAUGUACUGCAUCGCUGUAGAUACAUCCACUAACCAGGGUUUGUGGAGAAGGCCAAAAGCUGUCCUCUCUGGUCCACCAGUCUAGGCCUACACCCACGUGUUUUCCUUGACCUUGGAAACACUGGUGUCUUGUCACAAAUUCUUACAGUAAGUCCUAAGUAAAUAUGCGAACGCUAACUACUCUGCUGUGCGUUUCUUGACAACGACGUUGCUAACAGAGUUAGCAAAUUACUUGGUUGCAAUGCAAUUUCGCAUUGGAAGCCUAGUAAGUUGCUGGCUGGUUAGCAACGAUGCUUUUGAGAAACUGCUUUUGAGUCUUGCUCUGUCUGUUAAACCUGCUGCGGCAGCUGAUGGAAGUAGGUAGGUUUGAAUCCAUGGUGUCUGCUAGUGUCUGUAGUCUGUAGUGGCAGCAGCAGCAGCAGCAGCAUCGGGAGGAGAUGGGUUCGCAUCCCUGGUGUUGGUGCAUUACAGUGGCCGCUUUAAUCUCCCUUUGUGAUCUCGUGCAGCCAAUUUGCCAGCAUUUCACACUGUGCCCGAAUAAUUCCAUUUUUGGAUCUUGAUAAUCAUCUCCAUCGCUUUCGCUAAAAUCUCUUUUCCGAGCGCACUUACGAGCUAGCUACAGACAGGUAGAGCAUCCUCUACCUUCAUGAUCAUAUCAUUCUUUUUAAAUGCUGUUGCCUCUCUCCCUGAAUGUACACAGGCUUGGUUUCUAGUCCAGACCGCGGUCCUUUUCCCAAGCCCUCUCCCUUUUUCGUAUUUUCCUGGCCUUAACAAUAGGUGUGUGUGUGUAGUACACUAGUGCUGGGCUAACUUAGGCAAACUUCACUUCAAAACAAUUUGGCCCCACUGAACGAGAGGCUCGAUCUAAACCGGAAUAAAUAAUCAAAUAUAAACAAAAGGUGCUCCUGAAUGAUUGUGAUAACAGGCCAUGUGGUGCUAUGAAUUGACUUUUUUUGUUCCCCUGCCAUUUUUAUUAUGUAGUCCUAGGUAAUUUUUCUGCUUCCAUGCUUAAUUUGCACAGCUGGCCAUCCUAUUCCAUAGUUGAAAGUAUUACUAUUUCUAUCAGUCAGUUAAGCUUUUUUAGUGAAGGGUAGUAUUUGUUUUUUGUAUCGUGUGUUUGUCCGUCUGCUAGGAAAUCUUUGUGAUUGUGCCAGCUGCCUUGGCCUUAACUGUUAACUGUGUGUCGUUACCAGGAGACCUAGUUGAAAUACAAACUAGCAUUUGACGUGUUAGCAUUUCGACUUUUAAUUUUUUUGAUUUGCACAACUUUACUUUUACUUGACCAUAAAGCAUGAAUAAGCGCACCAUAAGGCUUUUUUCCCUUAUGACCUGCAUCGUGAAAGAAACAAACAAUGCAUGAAGCCUAAGUUUAAUCAAAGUGUAUUAUUAUUGACUAACUUUUGCACUCCGGGUGACGUGGCAACAUGAGCGGUGGUGUUCUGCGUGGCUUGCAGACUAGUGUUUGGCUCUGUGUGGUUCUGUGGGACAAUUGCCAUCACUGGCAGAGGAUCAGAAUUUAUAUUUUACUUUUCAUUUUUUGUCUUUUUUUUUUUAUCUCAAAGAGCAGCUGAAGCGGGAGACUCCUAUGUUUAUUUGUGUUUGCUUUCUGUGUGUAUGUGUGUGUAGCUUUUUUGUUUGUUUGUUUGUUUCGUUUUGAAAUGACAAUCAGUCUACUAAGGGCUUUUUAUUUGUAAGGAAACACUUUUAUGGGAACCUGUGCAAAUAUGUUGCCAUCUUGACACCCAAACUAGUCUCCUUCUAAAAGCCGGCAUAUGCAUACGGUCACGUCAGUCUGCUCCUGCUUGGGGGGUGUGUGCUUACUGUUUUUGUUUGGGGCUAAGGGAAGGUAAGGGGUUAUCAAGUGCUUCCCAAUCACCUUAGCGAAAUUCACUGUAAACAAGCAUCUUGCGUAAAACAUGAAGCCCUUUUGAAAUUGCAAUUCAAGAUCUAUUGGUUGCUUCUCUUUACAUAAUUCCACAAUGCCUACAAUUGUUCUCUUUUAACAGAAUAUUAGAAAACAUACCACAUAUGUCCAUGGGGUAUCGGUAGUUGUGUAUAUCUAUCUCUAUAUACAUAUAUACAUAUAUAUAUUACACACAUACGUUUAUGCAUCAAAUUCAAAGUUCAUUGCAGACUGAGAUUCUAUUGUCAGGUUUAUGGUGCAUUACAAUAGGGAUGAGAAGAUAUCACAAAAAAGGAAAAGGAAAAAAAUAACAAGAAAAAAACAGGAACGUUUACAAAAGAAAAAAAAGAAGAAAAAAAAGCAAAUGCUUAUCUUGCACCCUGAUGUGGCCAGUUCCGGUGUUCCACAAGGUAUUUCAUUUUAAAGCCUUUAAGAAAAUAAAAAAGUCAAUAUCCUUUACUAUAUGCAGGACUAGCAAAUGCCAAAACCAGUGUCAUUGCUAUCUCGCAUAUUUGUACUAGUAUGCUGAAAGAAAUGAUUGUAUUAAGCUACCUGAACUUUCUGUGGCAUUUUACAUAGGCCUUUUUCUAUGAUGUCAGAUAAGGGUGUUUCUGGUGCGGAGAUAUCACAUCAACAAAUAAGCCAUUUAAAUAAUAUUCUUAAUUCAGCGAUUAUAGGAGAAGGGAUUUUUAUUUCAAUUAAAUUGUACAUUCUUGUCUAAAAACUAAAGAGUGGGGCGAAGUGAGCCAGAGGGAAAGACACGUCCUGCUCCUACACCUGCAUGAUUAUUUUUUUUCUUUUUCAUUUUUCUCUCUUCCACUAGUUUUUUUUUUUCUUUUCUAAAUUGGACUACCAUACUACUUUUUUGGGGGAAGUGGAAUGAGUAAAAGUGGACUAAAUGGGCACUGACUGGCGAGUGAGUCUAAGUGAAGGGGUAGGGAGGGGAUCUGAUCGGUUACCCUCAACCUUCCUGAAUGCCACGUCUGUCUGGCCACUUUUUUUUUUUUCUUCAACUGUGCAAAGUUGUAGUGCUGAGGAGUGGCCACCAGGGGGCAGACUGCUGUCUGGACUGGCGAGAGGUGGCCACUCAGGGCUGGAGGGAGAUGGGCUUAACAUAACCGAAGAGGGAGAGGGGGGAAAAAAAACAAAAUGACACAAAAGCCUCUACUUUUGUGUUUGUUUGUUUUUUCCUUUAAGCCCACCUUCCGCCCCUCCAUCAAAGCAUGAGCUGUUCGUAGAGGACGCGGCUUAGCCCAGACCCAAAGCACUUAUCCAAUGAGUACGCACUUUUGUAUAUUUAAUAUCUAUGUGUGUGUGUAUUUAUGUCUACAUGUUACCAAUGUAGAUAUUAACAUUAGGGGUUACAGUUUUCUUUCUCAGCAAAAGAGGUGAGGGUGUCUUACUGUUCACAGGUGAGCAGCUGGGAUUGUGCGUGUGUGUGUUUGUGUGCGUGUUUGUGUCUCUUGUGUAUGAGCAGCGAUAGAGGAGGAGGGAUGGCCUCUCUUGUUCGGGAUCACUAUUUCGGUAGCAGUGAACGUAAAGCUUGCACCUGUAUGUGCACACGUGUGUAGCACAAAGUCCAUUUCAAACAGAAAAAAAAACCUAUAUUUGCACUGCCUUUCUACAACCAGUUGCCAAAAAGAGCAAGGAUGUUAAAAAAAAUGAGGACAAAACUUACAUUUGAUGAUGAAGAACACAAUCUAUGUAUACCUGAUAUGUAGAUUUACGGACAUCUCUGCUGAGCCAUAGUGUAAUAAUUUGCUGACUUAAAAAAGUGAAUGUAAGGUCUAAAUUUUUGGGUAGGUAGGAUCGCGAAGCUGACAUUACUGCACUGUCUCUUCACAAAAUAGUAAUAGCUUAAUUAAUCAAAAAAAUCUGAUCUCCUCUCAUGAUGGGCAGUUUCUGCUUACAUCUGCAGAAGAAGAAGAAAUUGUUUUUAAUAAGGUAUGAAAUGUGGUCUUGCCAUUUGAGCCAAUGUCUGGGACAUUAUUUCGGGGAUUGAUUUUUUUUUUUUUAAUUAGCAGGGAGUAGGGUUUUAGACUUAGCUAGUGCAUAUAUAUGCCUUAUGUUCUCAGCACAAGUGUGACACCCAUGUAAUCUUUAGCACUGCUCUUGAGUGCGCGUGUGUGUGUUUGUGUGGCCCCCCGAGUGAGCGGGACCACCAUCAUUCAGCACUGUCCAUAUGAAAGCAGCCUAUAGCUCCAUUGGUUGUUGAAUCCAAAAUGGCAGCCAUACUCUCUCUACUGCAAUUGCCUUACAGUUACCUCCUAACGUUCUUCCUGUGUGUUGUGAUGCACAAGCCUACAUAGACUGUCUACUACUACUACUACUACUACUAUUACUACUACUACUUCUUGUUUUGGAAUGUGUUCGUAUGUCUCUUUGUCUCAUAUUGAUAGCAUAUCAAGAAAAAAAAACAUUCAAACCUUAAUGACACCCCAUGCUGUUACCUAGACCCGUAAGUGCCGUAGCUAUCUCUCAUCUCUCAUCUGUGUUUCUGAAGGUCGUUGGAAGGGAUAUGUUUGGUGGAUCAAGGUGGUCACCCUCUUUGUCCAAUUAUGGUAGUUCAGCACAAAAAAGUGAUGGUAAAAGGGUGGGGGGAGGAUUCGCUGUGUGAUUGAUUAUCACCUCAUUUUUUCUCUUUUGCCCAAGGGUCACCUAGGGACAUGUGAUUAUUUCCCAGAACUUGAUUCCCAUCCCAAGUCCACCUAGUGAGUUAAAACUAUUCUCCAGGGCUGAUGAUCUUCCAUCGACCCUCACCAACAUUCAGAUUGGCGCCACUGUGCUGUGUGUUUAUUGAUCUGACUGAAGUGAAGCAGGCUGUUGUGGAGUGGUUAAUGUGUGACGUGACUCAGUUCGUUCUGAGUUCAGAUUCAAGGAGACACCAUUUGACACUGUCAUUGGUAUGGGGAAUUGCUUGGUUUCCUGAAAUAAUAUCCUCAAUUGGCUCAAAUGGCGGUGAAGGCUACAUUUCUUUUGAGACUUGCAUGUUGUAGGAGAGGGAUCGGAGUUGACCUUUCUUUUUUUUAUUUUGUUUUUGUCAACAAAGCAUCAAUCUCAGAGCGAAUGUGCAUUUUGUCAGACCAAUUAGUCUUGUAUUGUACGGUAUGUUUUGAGGUUUUCUUUUUUUUCUAAUUAAAAAAAGCAAUAUUGCAGUUGGCCAGUUUUAAGAGUAUGGGAGGAGAAAUAGACUUGCACAACCAAUGUGGAGAUGGUAACAGUGGAUUAAUUUACGUAUGUAGAACAUCAAAGCAUCCAAUGGAAGCAAACACCAACCAUCAAAGAAAAAUGGGCAUGACUAGCGAUUUUGUACAUUUUGGGGUUUUUUCCCUUGUUUAUUGUUUCUUCAGGGUACUAAAAUACUAGUCAUGGUCCCGGUUCUACAUCUGGACUCUUAACAGGAAGUGAAUGACAGGAAGUAGGUCUGUGACUGACAGGUGGGGUGGAAAUAUCACCCCUCAUGUAGCUUUUUGUUCGUUUUGUUUGAUGAGAGCUGUUGGAUCUACAAAAAAGAGAGUAGUGUUUUUUAACGAUUGGGAAAAAAAAGUCAGUGAUUAUUUAAUAUCCAGAAGUUUAUUCUGAUUUGAAGAUUGAGGGUUUAUAGGAAAGCUGGAAUUCGAGUUUUAUUUUACCUUUUCAUUUAUUUUUUUCAUAGUAACAGUAGUUUAUAUAUAUAUAUAUAUUCUAGUCAUCAUAGCUGUCGUGUCGCAUAUUAACUACAAUGAUACUGUCCACAGCAACAGUCUACAGGGAGACACAGUUGUCCCAAUUACCUCCGGUAGAAGUUUUGGUAGAGGUUGCUCCUGAGAAGUGCUGACCUGACUGUGGACCAGUUUGUCGUGUUUCUAUCCUACUGCUCAGACUGCGAUAGAGGGGAAAGAGGCUGGUUCCAGGUCAGCACACCUGUGCAGCAGCGUCUCCCCCUGAGCCUUACCUCCAAGGACACACCUGUGUGUCCCUCUUUACUUGAAGCAUCGGUGAAAGGCAAUAGCAAAAUCUUUUUAUGUUCUCGCCCCUCCCCCCUGGCCCCCCAUAGAAAGCAUGCCUUAAAAACUUAAGGGUACACCAUGUGAAUUCCCUCAACGUAAAAAGUGGAAUGGAGAAGUUAAAAAAAUAAAAAUAAAAAAUAAAAAACGUCUUUGUUACCUUACUGGUGAUCAUUGGUGUACAGGUUUUCAUAUCAAUAGUGGCUGCAGUUAUAGAAGAUAACCUUGUUUAAUAUAUAACAAAGUCUAUGUUGAUAUUGUUUAAAAAAAAAAAAAAAAAAACGAUAAUGCAUCUAUGUAAUAAUAAAAAAGUGUUUUUGAAAUUGUUGUCAACCUCUAGAUUCUAAAUGGGCAUAGCAGGGAUGUUGCCGGUCCCAGAACACGCAUAACUCAUCAUUUUAAAUAUACCGACCCAUGUGAAUGAGCUGUUUUUGACAAAUCCUGCCCCUGCAGAUCGUUUACCCUUUGCAUGACUUCCCCCGACCCCCAUGCUCCUACCCCCCCGUCCCCUUGGCAGCUUCAGACAAAUGAUGAGUAGACGGAUGUCUGUCACUGGCCUGAGUUUGCCUCCAUCACCGCUGUGACCUCUGACCCCUUGGUUGUUGUCACAAGUCUCAGUCACGGAAGUAAUAUUGGUGAGCCGUCAUUACAUGCCUCUUGUCCCGUCCUCAUGUACGGUAGCUGUUGCAUCUCUGCGGUCUCCGAGAGCACUGUUGUGUUACAACCCUCCACAUAGACAGAUCCACAUCCGCAUACUAGAUCUACCAUUUGUUGGAUCCAUUGGAUCAUGAUGCUUAGUGGUGUGCCUCAGUAUCUUUUGAAGCCCUAAAUAUAGUUUGAGUCUAGUGAACAUUUAUCACCUGAAACACGGUGGUGAGGGCCUCGGUUGGUUGUGUUUGGUCAGAGAGACUACUCAAACAAAUCGGAGGCUUUUUUGGCGACGCUACAGGGAUCGUCUGGAAACACCUUACAUUGGUGCUCUCUAAUAUAGCUGGAUUGACCUUGAGAGGGACAGUUGCUGCUUACCCCCACCCCCCUGGAUGCCUGAAGGUCUAAAAACAGUUCCUCUCUAAAUGGACCUAACCAGACAGAGGCGAUGGUCGCCCAUGGCAACUUAUGCAAAUUCUGUAAUUUUUUCAACGAAGUUCCUGUGAUGGUGCCAUGGAGCAUGGGCACAAGGCUCUGCUGUUAGAAUGUGGACACUGGUCCAUUACAAAUGAACUAAAUAUUUAAAAUAGUUCAUUUUAGAUUCAUUUCAAAAGCAUUGCCUGAACUGGCUCUGCCAUCUUUUGGUGUGACGCUUUGUCAGUUGUCACCACACUGGGGUAAUUUUGAUGCCAUUGAAUUGUAGGAAGAGAGACUUUUGUGUGGUUGCAUUUCUGACCAAGAAUACCGAUUAUGCAUUCAGUUUUUCAGAAGAUAACUGAGAAUUUGUUCAUUUUCACCGCUCAGCUGUGUAGUAUGUCUUACUUCAUAUGGAGAGAUGGUCAAAUAAUUUCCGAAGAGCUACUAAAAUCGAAUCAAAAAAAUAUCUAUUUACAGUUGUUUUUAUUUACUCUCUGUAAAUGGUCUUCCAUUCAAGCCAAUCUGAAGCCUUACGAAUUACAGUCGUCAAGUUAGUCCCGUAUUACAGGGUCCAGUAUGGGCCCACUUACGCGUAGCAUUAGGCAGUCACAAACACCAUCAGCUAACAAGGAACUGGAAGCCAUUUUGUUGAUCUGCUGGUUCAUUCAUUUCUUUGUCGUCCCCCGCAGCUGUCUCUGUGGACAUGAUUGUCAAAACUGUGUUCAAAACGUUUGUGUUACGUUACGACUGAUUAUUACAAAGCACAAGUCCAAAGAGGAGAAAUUCUAUACACUUAAGUCCCCAAAUGGUUUAGAGCCACUCUGUUCUCGCAUUAACUUUCCAUGAUGAGAAACAGCCACCUCUACUGGCUUGAUUGUGGGCUGUGUUCUUCAGGUGUUUUUCUUGUAAAUCACCUUGUUUAGGGGGUAGUAAAUUUAGCCAUAACCAACAAAUCAGUAGUCUGUUCAGUUGAGCAAUAUUUUUCCGUUUGUUGAGUGCACCUUGACUCGUUCAAAGCACAACGAUAAGUGACUCAAAGCUGUGCUCCUAUUUAAAGCCAGUCCCUAAGACUGAGCACAUUUUCGAAUAUGUCCCAUUAGAUCUAACCCACUUACCAUGUUUUCCUAGUGUAUCGCAGUAUCUAAAGCAGUUAACAAAUGUGUGAUUUCGAAUGUAAGCAAGUAGCUUAAAGAAAAGGGUAUUCGUUCUAACACACCGAUAAAGACACAUUAUGCAUUCUACUGGAAGGGUGUCAUAGAUUUUACUGAUCUUAUUUAGAGUAGCUCUUCUAGGUGUGGAUUGUUUGCAUGUACGUGAAAUGGCAUGUCUGUUUAAUUCAACGCAGGGUUUAACUUGAUUUAACUCUAAGCUAAACCAGAAUUUUGACUGAUCAACUGUGAGUAGCGAAGGGAGUGAAAACGUUUUUUUCUUUUUAAAGCUAAAAAUAAAUAGAAAUAAAAGUAAUUUGCAGCCUGCUACUUCCCUCAAAGCUGGAAACUUAACUUGAAUUAAAGAGCAAAGUGAAUUAUGAUAAUCAGAAGUGGGAGGCGUCUGAUGCAGUUUGUGUGUGCGUGUGUGUGUGUGUGUGUGUGGACGUCCAUGUGUGUUGGCGUAGGAUCUGCCAAAGGCCAGCCUAUUAGUUGAAUACUGUAACACAGGGAUGAAGGGAAACCACCUUGCAAUCACUAACUUUUUGGUACCAGGACGUCCAUAUCUGUGCGCUUAUAAAGUCUGUCUGUGUGUUUGUGUGAAUGAGUUGAACCUACUCAAGCAUUUCCCAUUUGAAGUUAAAGAGGAUCUAUACUCCUCCUUGUGAUGCGUGGCGCUGAAUAUUUUGUAAGAAAUUUGUAUUUUUCCAUGUCUUGGCGUACUUUACACACGACUAGUUUACACAAGAACCAGAAGCCCAAGGAUUCUGCUCUCCAAUUAGUCAAUCCUUAAAGAAAAAAAAAAUACAUUCCCUUCUAGUGAUGGUAAAAUCAUGGUACUUCUAGUCUUUAAAAGCUUGUGGGCUUUUUGUAUUUAGUUAACUAGACUGUUUUUUUGUGUCUAAGAUGUUUGUGAAGUUUAAAAAACCCUCUGAGGAGGUUAUCUGAACACUGUUCUGCGUGAAAGCUUGAAUUCUUUUCCAAAUCUGUGUCUGGACUAAGGCUGUUGGGUUUCAAGACAAAAAAAAAGGCCUUAAAAAUUCAGUGUCGCAUAAAUUCACCACGUCCUUCACAAAGAGCAGGUGAGGGUGGGCUUCCAUGGUUUCCCCAUUUGCCCUUCCUUCCUUCCUUCCUCUCCUCCGCCACUGGUGUGUGGAGAUCGGUUGAGGGGUGAGGUGAGGUGAGGUGAGGGGAGUCCUGAAGCGCAGAUGGUAUAGUUGGCUUACAGACGUUGUAGUGCAGCACAGAACAUGCUGUCCAGCAGUGACUGUCCUGCUCACAGUCUCUCACUUCACUACUGCCAGCUGAACGAGUGUGCGUGUGUGAGUGAGUGUGUGGUGACGUCUACGUCUAUCUUGUCUGGUCUGUGUUGGUGUCAGAGAGAGAGAGAGCAAGCUGGUGGUGUUAAAUAAGGCUUUGAGGACGAAAGCAGCGAUCGAUGUAGUAGAUCCAUUAUGAAACUCGAAUUACCUCAGCGUCAGUGACAGAAAUAUUAUAAUACAGAAUUGACCACACCUGUUCAUCUUCAUGUGGACUCUCGCUUCAUUUGUAAUACACAAAAUCCAUGCUAUUUUGGGGAAUUGCUUAUUAGUAUUACAAUAAUAAUGAGUAUCGUUUUUCUGUUGUGCCUACCUCCAUAAUGUACAGGUCAUCUUUUUGUCUGCUAUAAGCGCAUAGCCACUUAUUUCCCUAGGUUUGAAAGAGAAAGUAAAAAAAGAAGCUAAAAUUGGUGGGGAAAAUGUGUUCUUUUUUCCAAAAGAAAAUAUAAAAGGAAACUCGACAUGAGUGAGUGUCAUUAUGUUUCAAGUAUUUAGGAUCAUAGUCGCAAACCUACCACAGGAAUGUCAAAGCCACACUGAGUAGACCAAUCCAAAACGCUGGUCCAUUCACAGCAAGUCUGAUUGCUUGAUAAAGUCAGAAAGGACAUAUGAGCUUUAGUGAGCCCCCUGAAAAAGCACCCUUUACUCAGUGGGCUGGCGGCACCGCUCCAGUUCCCACAUCCUGGCGGUGUGUGUUUGUGUACGUUUGUUUGUGCUUGUCUGUGCAUCAAGCCAUAUGUUAACCACGUUUACAGCUGUCGUGUUGUAGGAAAAACAAACAGAAAAAAAACCAAGUGUGGAGAUGGUGUGUUCUGUCUGUCUGUUUGCGUGUAAUUAAAUAAAUAAAAACGCAUUAAUAAAUGAAACCAACCAACGUUAACUCCAAAAGCAACAAAAAAACGACAGAAGCUCUGGUCCACUACAGGCCAAAGUGCGUUUAAGUAAAGUAAGGGUGCAUACGGCGCUCAGUCGGAAGGGACACAUAUGUAUCGUAUCCAGCCUUAAUUCGCCACUUGCAUCCCACCAUUAACGGUCAGAGGUCACAUGAUUGACAGGGCUCCCCACUUACAUGAAAGAAAGGACCUCUUUAGACCCCCUCCCCGCCCUCAAAAAACUCCCAAUGCCCCCCCCCCCCCAAUAUGGAAGCCCCCACCAAAUCCCCAGCCCCCCCAACCUGAAUAAAAUGGGAAAUGAAAGAAGCCGUACAUGAUUUUUUUUUUCUGUGACAAUGCAAUCUCUGAAAGCACUUUGCCUUGUUAAAUCCUGUUGUGUGCUAGGGAAUGGAUAUGUGUUGCAAAAAUGUUACAUUUGUGUUUUUAAAGAGAGAGAAAAAAAAGCUGAGAGAAGAAAUUUAUGAUUUGAUGAAUUAAGUAAGACAUUUACAAAACGAUUAAGAAUUUGCAUUGACCUCCAAGUACAGGACAAGAGAAACUCCAUUAACUAAGGCAUUGAAACUUGGAUCGAUUUUUUUUUUUUUUUACAAUGUAUGCUGCAGCCAUUGAGUCUUGUUAUUCAGUAUUGUGGCUUAGAAUUGGUUAUGUUUAAAUAAAGUGCUAUCGCUUAAUA